GCAGCAGCGGGCCAGCCAGCCAGCCAGCCAGCCAGCCAGCCAGCCGAGCAGCAGCGGUCCAGCCGAGCAGCAGCAGCAGCAGCAGCAGCAGCAGCGGUCGCAGCGGUCCUGGCCAGCAGCAGCGGUCCCGGCCAGCAGCAGCGGGCCAGCCAGCCAGCCAGCCAGCCAGCCAGCCAGCCGAGCAGCAGCGCAGCGGUCCUGGCCAGCAGCUGCGGGCCAGCCAGCGAGCCAGCCAGCCAGCCAGCCAGCCGAGCAGCAGCGGUCCAGCCGAGCAGCAGCCGCAGCAGCAGCAGCAGCAGCGGUCGCAGCGGUCUCGGCCAGCAGCAGCGGGCCAGCCAGCCAGCCAGCCAGCCAGCCAGCCAGCCAGACGAGCAGCAGCGGUCGAGCCGAGCAGCAGCAGCAGCAGCAGCAGCAGCAGCAGCGGUCGCAGCGGUCCCGGCCAGCAGCAGCGGUCCCGGCCAGCAGCAGCGGGCCAGCCAGCCAGCCAGCCAGCCAGUCGAGCAGCAGCGGUCCAGCCGAGCAGCAGCAGCAGCAGCAGCAGCAGCAGCGGUCGCAGCGCUCCUGGCCAGCAACAGCGCAAAAGCGGUCCCGGCCAGCAGCAGCGGGCCAGCCAGCCAGCCAGCCAGCCAGCCAGCCAGCCAGCCGAGCAGCAGCGGUCCAGCCGAGCAGCAGCAGCAGUAGCAGCAGCAGCAGCGGUCGCAGCGGUCCCAGCCAGCAGCAGUGGUCCCGCCCAGCAGCAGCGGGCCAGCCAGCCAGCCAGCCAGCCAGCCAGCCGAGCAGCAGCGGUCCAGCCAAGCAGCAGCAGCAGCAGCAGCAGCAGCGGCAGCGGUCGCAGCGGUCCCGGCCAGCAGCAGCAGUCCCGGCCAGCAGCAGCGGGCCAGCCAGCCAGCCAGACAGCCAGCCAGCCAGCCAGCUGAGCAGCAGCGGUCCAGCCGAGCAGCAGCAGCAGCAGCAGCAGCAGCGGUCGCAGUGGUCCCGGCCAGCAGCAGCGGGCCAGCCAGCCAGCCAGCCAGCCAGCCGAGCAGCAGCGAAGUCCAGCCGAGCAGCAGCAGCAGCAGCAGCAGCAGCAGCGGUCGCAGCGGUCCCGGCCAUCAGCAGCGGUCCCGGCCAGCAGCAGCGGUCCAGCCAGCCAGCCAGCCAGCCAGCCAGCCAGCCGAGCAGCAGCGGUCAAGCCGAGCAGCUGCAGCAGCAGCAGCAGCAGCAGCGGUUGCAGCGGUCCCGGCCAGCAGCAGCUAUCCCGGCCAGCAGCAGCGGGCCAGCCAGCCAGCCAGCCAGCCAGCCAGCCAGCCGAGCAGCAGCGGUCCAGCCGAGCAGCAGCAGCAGCAGCAGCAGCAGCAGCGGUCGCAGUGGUCCCGGCCAGCAGCAGUGGUCCCGGCCAGCAGCAGCGGGCAUGCCAGCCAGCCAGCCAGCCAGCCAGCCAGCCGAGCAGCAGCGGUCCAGCCGAGCAGCAGCAGCAGCAGCAGCAGCAGUCGCAGCGGUCCCGGCCAACAGCAGCGGUCCCGGCCAGCAGCAGCGGGCCAGCCAGCCAGCCAGCCAGCCAGCCAGCCAGCCAGCCGAGCAGCAGCGGUCCAGCCGAGCAGCAGCAGCAGCAGCAGGAGCAGCAGCGGUCGCAGCGGUCCCGGCCAGCAGCAGCGGUCCCGGCCAGCAGCAGCGGGCCAGCCAGCCAGCCAGCCAGCCAGCCAGCCAGCCGAGCAGCAGCGGUCCAGCCGAGCAGCAGCAGCAGCAGCAGCAGCAGAAGCGGUCGCAGCGGUCCCGGCCAGCAGCAGCGAUCCCGGCCAGCAGCAGCGGGCCAGCCAGCCACAGCGGUCCCGGCCAGCAGCAGCGGGCCAGCCAGCCAGCCAGCCAGCCAGCCAGCCAGCCGAGCAGCAGCGGUCCAGCCGAGCAGCAGCAGCAGCAGCAGCAGCAGCAGCAGCGGUCGCAGCGGUCCCGGCAAGCAGCAGCGGUCCCGGCCAGCAGCAGCGGGCCAGCCAGCCAGCCAGCCAGCCAGCCGAGCAGCAGCGGUCCAGCCGAGCAGCAGCAGCAGCAGCAGCAGCAGCAGCGGUCGCAGCGGUCCCGGCCAGCAGCAGCGGGCCAGCCAGCCAGCCAGCCAGCCAGCCGAGCAGCAGCGGUCCAGCCGAGCAGCAGCAGCAGCAGCAGCGGUCGCAGCGGUCCCGGCCAGCAGCAGCGGUCCCGGCCAGCAGCAGCGGGCCAGCCAGCCAGCCAGCCAGCCAGCCAGCCAGCCGAGCAGCAGCGGUCCAGCGGAGCAGCAGCAGCAGCAGCAGCAGCAGCAGCGGUCGCAGCGGUCCCGGCCAGCAGCAGCGGGCCAGCCAGCCAGCCAGCCAGCCAGCCAGCCGAGCAGCAGCGGUCCAGCCGAGCUGCAGCAGCAGCAGCAGCAGCAGCAGCGGUCGAAGCGGCCCCGGGCAGCAGCAGCGGUGCCGGCCAGCAGCAGUGGGCCAGCCAGCCAGCCAGUCAGCCAGCCAGCCAGCCGAGCAGCAGGGGUCCAGCUGAGCAGCAGCAGCAGCAGCAGCAGCAGCAGCAGCAGCAGCAGCAGCGGUCGCAGUGCAGCUAUCCCGGACAGCAGCAGCGGGCCAGCCAGCCAGCCAGCCAGCCAGCCAGCCAGCCGGGCAGCAGCGGUCCAGCCGAGCAGCAGCAGCAGCAGCAGGAGCAGCAGCGGUCGCAGCGGUCCCGGCCAGCAGCACAGCAGCAGCAGCAGCAGCGGUCGCAGCGGUCCCGGCCACAGCACCAGCAGCAGCGGGCCAUCCAGCCAGCCAGCCAGCCAGACAGCCAGCCGAGCAGCAGCGGUCCAACCGAGCAGCAGCAGCAGCAGCAGCAGCAGCAGCAGCGGUCGCAGCGGUCCCGGCCAGCAGCAGCGCAGCGGUCCCGGCCAGCAGGAGCGGGCCAGCCAGCCAGCCAGCCAGCCAGCCAGCCAGCCGAGCAGCAGCGGUCCAGCCGAGCAGCAGCAGCAGCAGCAGCAGCAGCGGCAGCAGUCGCAGCGGUCCCGGCCAGCAGCAGCGGUCCCGGCCAGGAGCAGCGGGCCAGCCAGCCAGCCAGCCAGCCAGCCAGCCAGCUGAGCAGCAGCGGUCCAGCCGAGCAGCAGCAGCAGCAGCAGCAGCAGCAGCGGUCGCAGCGGUCCCGGCCCGCAGCAGCGGGCCAGCCAGCCAGCCAGACAGCCAGCCAGCUGAGCAGCAGCGGUCCAGCCGAGCAGCAGCAGCAGCAGCAGAGGCAGCAGCGGUCGCAGCGCGGUCCCGGCCAGCAAAAGCGGUCCCGGCCAGCAGCAGCGGGCCAGCCAGCCAGCCAGCCAGCCAGCCAGCCAGCCGAGCAGCAGCGGUCCAGCCGAGCAGCAGCAGCAGCAGCAGCAGCAGCAGCAGCGGUCGCAGCGGUCCCGGCCAGCAGCAGCGGUCCCGGCCAGCAGCAGUGGGCCAGCCAGCCAGCCAGCCAGCCAGCCAGCCAGCCGAGCAGCAGCGGUCCAGCCGAGCAGCAGCAGCAGCAGCAGCAGCAGCAGCGGUCGCAGCGGUCCCGGCCAGCAGCAGCGGUCCCGGCCAGCAGCAGCGGGCCAGCCAGCCAGCCGGCCAGCCAGCCAGCCAGCCGAGCAGCAGCGGUCCAGCCGAGCAGCAGCAGCAGCAGCAGCAGCAGCAGGGGUCGUAGUGGUCCCGGCCAGCAGCAGCGGGCCAGCCAGCCAGCCAGUAAGCCAGCCAGCCAGCCGAGCAGCAGCGGUCCAGCCGAGCAGCAGCAGCAGCAGCAGCAGCAGCAGCGGUCGCAGCGGUCCCGGCCCGCAGCAGCGGGCCAGCCAGCCAGCCAGACAGCCAGCCAGCUGAGCAGCAGCGGUCCAGCCGAGCAGCAGCAGCAGCAGCAGAGGCAGCAGCGGUCGCAGCGCAAAAGCGGUCCCGGCCAGCAGCAGCGGGCCAGCCAGCCAGCCAGCCAGCCAGCCAGCCAGCCGAGCAGCAGCGGUCCAGCCGAGCAGCAGCAGCAGCAGCAGCAGCAGCAGCAGCGGUCGCAGCGGUCCCGGCCAGCAGCAGCGGUCCCGGCCAGCAGCAGUGGGCCAGCCAGCCAGCCAGCCAGCCAGCCAGCCAGCCGAGCAGCAGCGGUCCAGCCGAGCAGCAGCAGCAGCAGCAGCAGCAGCAGCGGUCGCAGCGGUCCCGGCCAGCAGCAGCGGUCCCGGCCAGCAGCAGCGGGCCAGCCAGCCAGCCGGCCAGCCAGCCAGCCAGCCGAGCAGCAGCGGUCCAGCCGAGCAGCAGCAGCAGCAGCAGCAGCAGCAGGGGUCGUAGUGGUCCCGGCCAGCAGCAGCGGGCCAGCCAGCCAGCCACAGCCAGCCAGCCGAGCAGCAGCGGACCAGCCGAGCAGCAGCAGCAGCAGCAGCAGCCAGCAGCAGCAGCAGCAGCAGCAGUGGUUGCAACGGUCCCGGCCAGCAGCAGCUGUCCCGGCCAGCAGCAGCGGGCCAGCCAGCCAGCCAGCCAGCCAGCCAGCCAGCCGAGCAGCAGCGGUCCAGCCGAGUAGCAGCAGCAGCAGCAGCAGCAGCAGUGGUUGCAACGGUCCCGGCCAGCAGCAGAUGUCCAGGCCAGCAGCAGCGGGCCAGCCAGCCAGCCAGCCAGCCAGCCAGCCAGCCGAGCAGCAGCGGUCCAGCCGAGCAGCAGCAGCAGCAGCAGCAGCAGCAGCAGCAGCAGCAGUCGCAGCGGUCCCGGGCAGCAGCAGCGGUCCCGGCCAGCAGCAGCGGGCCAGCCAGCCUGCCAGCCAGCCAGCCAGCCAGCCGAGCAGCAGCUGUCCAGCCGAGCAGCAGCAGCAGCAGGAGCAGCAGCAGUGGUUGCAGUGCAGCGGUCCCGGCCAGCAGCAGCAGGCCAGCCAGCCAGCCAGCCAGCCAGCCAGCCAGCCGAGCAGCAGCGGUCCAGCCGAGCAGCAGCAGCAGCAGCAGCAGCAGCGGUCGCAGCGGUCCCGGCCAGCAGCAGCGGUCCCGGCCAGCAGCAGCGGGCCAGCCAGCCAGCCAGCCAGCCAGCCGAGCAGCAGCGGUCCAGCCGAGCAGCAGCAGCAGCAGCAGCAGCAGUCGCAGCGGUCCCGGGCAGCAGCAGCGGGCCAGCCAGCCAGCCAGCCAGCCAGCCGAUCAGCAGCGGUCCAGCCGAGCAGCAGCAGCAGCAGCAGCAGCAGCAGCGGUCGCAGCGGUCCCGGCCAGCAGCAGCGGUCCCGGCCAGCAGCAGCGGGCCAGCCAGCCAGCCAGCCAGCCAGCCAGCCAGCCGAGCAGCAGCGGUCCGGCCGAGCAGCAGCAGCAGCAGCAGCAGCAGCAGCGCGGUCCAGCCGAGCAGCAGCAGCAGCGGCAGCAGCAGCAGCGGUCGCAGCGGUCCCAGCCAGCAGCAGCGGUCCCGGCCAGCAGCAGCGGGCCAGCCAGCCAACCAGCCAGCCAGCCAGCCAGCCGAGCAGCAGCGGUCCAGCCGAGCAGCAGCAGCAGCAGCAGCAGCAGCAGCAGCGGUCGCAGCGGUCCCGGCAAGCAGCAGCGGUCCCGGCCAGCAGCAGCGGGCCAGCCAGCCAGCCAGCCAGCCAGCCGAGCAGCAGCGGUCCAGCCGAGCAGCAGCAGCAGCAGCAGCAGCAGCAGCGGUCGCAGCGGUCCCGGCCAGCAGCAGCGUCCGGACAAUCCAAGCCAAGGCACGCUCCCGACUCAGUCUCCUCAAGCUCCUUUCAGUGUUUUUUCGAAGAGCCGCGGCCAGGGAUUCGCCCUCGAUGUUGCAACGCAGCAGUUGUGUUGGAGGAACGAAAACACAACUACAAUGAGGGAAAGAAUGUAAGAGGGAAGCGAGGAGCGGCCCUUCUGGGAGAGAGGAGGGCUCGUUACGGCGGCGGCGGUGCGGCCCUCUCGAGCGGGCAGAGCGGUACAAAUUGCGCGGGCCGCAGCUGCCGCGGACGGCCGGAGAGCGGAGCGGUGCGGGGCGAUACAUCCGGCGAGUGGCCGGCGCUGAUUGCACCCGGCUGUGAGGAAGCGGGCCAUUGCGUCCCCGGGGCGCGCCGCGCCUGA